AGAACAGAUGGGCAGUCAAAGCAAUUGUUGCCAAUAUAUAGCCGGAAACCGAUGGUUUCGGAGUGUCCCUCAGGUUUUCCAGACUAGAACGCAGUACAGAGAAGAUCAUCACAAUGGCCCCAAAGAAAGCCAAGAAGAAGGAAGCCGCCAGCUCCAACGUGUUCAGCAUGUUUGAGCAGUCACAGAUCCAAGAGUUUAAAGAGGCUUUCACCAUCAUGGACCAGAACAGGGAUGGCUUUAUUGACAAAAACGACCUGAGGGACACGUUUGCUGCUCUGGGACGUCUCAACGUGGGCAACGAUGAGCUCGACGAGAUGUUGAAGGAAUCCUCCGGCCCCAUUAACUUCACCGUCUUCCUCACCAUGUUCGGCGAGAAGCUCAAAGGUACAGACCCUGAGGAGACGCUUCUCAAUGCCUUUAAAAUCUUCGAUCCAGAAGGCACGGGCAUUCUUAAAGGAGAAGAGAUUAAGUAUCACCUUAUGUCACAGGCAGACAAAUUUACUGAGGCUGAGAUAAAUCAAAUGUUCACAAACUUUCCCUUGGAUGUGGCUGGCAACCUGGACUACAAAAACCUGUGCUACGUCAUCACCCACGGAGAGGACAAAGAACAGGAGUAAAGACUACAUUUCCCAUGAUUCCUUGUGUUUGUUCAGCGUCUGUUUGUGUGUGACAACUGUUUUGUGUUGUCAAUAAAGAGAUACAAA